CGUGUGAGUAAACUCCUUGGACAACUGUCAUAAAUUAUGGUGGAAGCCUACAUUCACAAAUACGGCAAGACUCCUGCAGAUUUUAUUAAAAACUUGUAGAGGUGUAGUUGGGUGAAACAGAAUAUGAAGGUUACAAGUGGAGGGUUUCUUUUAAGGACCAAGGACAGUGGCAGUACACCAUGCACCUUUUCUGUUAAAAAUCUCUGGUCCCCUGGCCACCCUAAUUACAUCACUCUGAUAGGACAGAUACAUUUUGAAAUAAUUAGAUACCAGUUUCUGUUAUAACAACUCAUCAGAUUUUUUAAAUGCGUCUAACCAUUCAAAUCACUGCGCAGACGCAAGGUCUGAGCUCAGAGCGUGACUAUAUUGUCGCAUGUCUUAGGCUAUAAAAAUCCAACAGCCAGGCUGCCUUUGAAGACAUCAGUUUACAGGUUUCUUGACAGACUGCUAGCUGAAAGAAGGAAGCUUCGUAUCAACUAUUCACCUGCUUUAAGAUUCCUGUAGGUCUCUGACAUGAAGCUCUAUUUGCUAGUUUCUGCUUCUGUCCUGCUUGUUGCCUUCCUUCCGCGUCAUGAAUGUAGAGCAAUUGAGAGCCCGGGAGCUGUCCACUCCGGACCUGACGGCCAGUCUGAUCUUUACCAGCAGUCUCUACCCAUUUUGGUGCGACUGGGAGAGGAAUAUUUAAUUCGACUGGGCAGCGCCAAUCAGAAAGCACCACCGUCCACACUAAACUCGUCCCCCGGCGCAUCGUCUGCUACCACCAACAGAGCAUUGCAAGUGCAACUUACCCAGCGUCUUUUGCAAGGCAAUGUUGGGAGCGUCAACCGGUUCUUGAGUAGCUAUGGUGACCAGGAGGAAGAUGCAGUGGAAAAGGGAAAGCGUUCAGAGGAGCCUCCCAUUUCACUGGAUCUGACUUUCCAUCUCCUUCGUGAAGUGUUAGAAAUGGCACGAGCCGAGCAGUUAGCUCAGCAAGCACACAGCAACAGGAGAAUGAUGGAAAUCAUCGGGAAGUAAAUGAAGCUGCCAAAUACGUCAUGCCAUUUAGCACCAAAAAAACACCAUAUUAUUAAGUACCAUAGUGCUGUUUUUCCAUUGUUUGAUUAUUUUUUAUAGCUUUAAAUUUCAAAGUGAAAGGGAAAGUGCAGAGGAAUUUUAUUCCGUUUGAUGGUAUUCAGACUGUAUCAUAAAUGCAAGGAAAAUUAAACAUGAAGACGGUUUUUUUUAAAAUUUGUAUAACUUGUAACAGUUAAUACAAAAAACAUUUUACACAAUCAAUUUCACUUUGUUUUUCUAAAGAUUACCUAUUGAUAUCUUUGAAGUAGAUGAUUGGAAGAUAUUUCAAGAAUUCAGGUUGCGGUAUUUAAGAAAUGGAUAUAUUCAAUUUCACUGUACUUUACCAUGUUUUAAGUUUGAUAAUAAACAUAAUAUGAGCAACCAUGCAUUUUGUUUCUGUUGUGCAAGAGAAUGUCUAAUAUUUAUAUUUUUUAAUAAAAGCGUCAAUAUAUGUUAACAUUU